AUGUUUUGGAUUGAGAAAUCAAAUGGGAAGAAGCACUUCGCAUUGGCCGCAGACAAUCCCCUUUACUGGACAUGGAAGAGGCCCACCCAAGAACAUUAUCCAACCGGGUUUCGAGAAGUCGUGGAGCUUCGGACCAUCUGCUGGCUCGAAAUCCAAGCCCAUUUCCCAACCAAGUUCCUCUCCCCAUACACAACCUACGCGCCCUACCUCGUGCUCCAGCUAGCCGACCGAGCUUAUGGGUUGGACUUACUGCCAGCCCACGUGUCGGUCAAAGUCGGAAACUUUGAUUUCGAAGGUGAAGUCCUCCUACGUCGUCGUUUUGAAAAAGAUUAUAUAGCGAGAGUCAGAAGAGAGUUAGAUACACAUUUAUAUUUAACUGGAAGAAUCUCAUCGUCAUCGGGUUAUCUUCCUUCAACGAAUUCAGGGGCCUCGAAAGGUAAGAUGUCGAUCGAGUGA